CACUACAGUACACGAACGAGUCAAGCCUUUCCCCUCCGUCCUCUUUUCUUUCCCCUGCUCCCCCUUUUGUACCGCUCCCCACGUGUCCAAUAUAUUAGCAACCCAAAUUAGGAGAGGCCGGGCCUGAUGUGGAGUCGGGUUUCAGUAGCGGAGGUGCGGUGUGUCCACAGAUCGGCCAGUGGAUGCUGAGGUGACCGUUAAACGGAGGUGCGCGUUAAUAUUCAGACCCGGAGGAGAUCCUGUAAAAUUCUAGUCCCGUUUGGUGAAUGGAGGAGUGAAUGCGGAGCCGCUCACACCUGAGGGGCUGAGGCUAUUCUUCGCCGGUGAAUGCACGGAGUGAAUCUGCGUGAGAAUUCAGUCUCUUUCUUAUGGAUUUAAUGCUGAUACGUUUGUCUUAAAAACGAUCGGUUUGCGGCUGGGAACAGACUGGAUACAUCUGCAUACAAAUUGGAUUUGGGUGAAACAACGGAUGCUCACAGACAGCGGCGGAGCUCGUUCAGAUGAAUGUGUGAAGAAACUUUGGCACAAUGACUCUUUUUGAUGACUUUGGGAAAAACACACAUGGACACUUCUGGGUUUGGGUGAUUCGGAGGCUAAGGAUGCUGUUGGUGGUUUGUGUUGUAGCGGAACUCUUAACAGUUAUGGUUAAUGGUGAGGGCACACCAGGUAUUUUGGAGCUCCAGUUAGAUGAGGAGCAACCCGCGGGGACAAUAGUGGGUGAUAUCAGUGCCGGUUUGCAACCUGGAGUUACAGCCUCUCUGUACUUCAUCUCUGACCAUGAAGGCACAGGCAUUGGUAGUGAUCUCCACAUUGAUGAAACCACAGGCAUCAUCAAGACCGCCAGGCGACUUGACCGAGAGGAAAGGGACCAUUACAGUUUUAUAGCAGUCACUAUGACAGGUUUCACAGUCAAGGUCUCUAUCACUGUAAAUGAUAUCAACGAUCAUGCUCCCACAUUCCCUAAGAAGAAAGCCUCUUUGAAGAUCCCAGAGCAAACGGCAGUGGGAACUAAGUUCUCUCUCGAGCCAGCCACUGAUGCAGAUAAGGAUCAGCUUACUGUACAAGGAUAUCAGAUCAAAGAAGGCAAUGUUGGACAAGUGUUCCGACUGGAGACCAAAAGAGCAGCAAACAAAGUACUUUACCUUGACUUGGUGGUCAAUGGAGUCUUGGACAGAGAGAAGAGGUCCUCCUAUUCAUUAGUGGUUGAGGCCUUUGAUGGUGGAUCUCCAAGGCAGAACGGACAGAUGACACUUGACAUCCUGGUUCAGGAUAUCAAUGACCAUGCACCGGUUUUCAACCAGAGUCGAUACAAUGCCAUCAUCUCUGAGAGCCUUCCUCAGGGCAGCAACAUUCUUCAGGUUUUUGCAUCUGAUGCUGAUGAAGGAGACAACGGCCUUGUGUUGUAUGAGAUAAACCGACGGCAAAGUGACCCAGAUCGCUAUUUUGUCAUCGAUCCUCGCUCUGGGAUCAUUACACUUAAUAAGGCUCUAGACUAUGAGAUGAGGAAGGUUCAUGAGUUGGUAGUGCAAGCCAGAGAUAAUGCUAGCCACCCAGAGAUUACGAAUGCCUUUGUUACAAUCCACGUUCGAGACUACAACGAUAACCAGCCAACCAUGACCAUUAUCUUUCUCAGUGAAGAUGGCUCGCCCCAAAUCUCAGAAGGUGCUCAACCUGGCCAAUAUGUUGCGAGAAUCUCCGUCUCGGACCCUGAUUAUGGGGAGUACUCCAAUGUCAAUGUGUCUCUUGAGGGCGGUGAUGGCAAAUUUGCCUUGACCACUAAAGACAGCAUCAUCUACCUCAUCUAUGUAGACCAGAUUCUGGAUCGGGAAGAGAGGGAUUCUUAUGAGCUUCGUGUCAUGGCUACUGAUUCUGGAACCCCGCCACUACAUGCAGAAUCCUCGUUUACAAUUCAUGUCACGGAUGUAAACGACAACCCACCUCUAUUUGACCAACAGGCAUACAAGCAGACCAUACCAGAAGUAGUCUACCCAGGUAGCUUUGUGCUGCAAGUGACCGCAAGGGACAAAGACCAAGGUCCCAAUGGUGAUAUCCGCUACAGCAUCCUACCAGACAAGAAAACACAUUCCAGUUGGUUCACCAUUGACCCUGUCACUGGGAUCAUAACCACCGCAACCAAGCUGGAUUAUGAGACAAUCCCAAAGCCAAGUAUCAAAGUAGUGGCCACUGAUGGAGGACGACCCCCAUUAUCCUCCACUGCUGUGGUAGAAAUAGACCUCCAGGAUACUAACGAUAAUGAGCCAGUGUUUGGAAGCAGCUUCUACAAUGUUUCAAUCAAGGAGAACACAUCAGAAGGGACCUGUUUCCUUGAGACUGUCAGGCACCCAGAUUAUCCUUCCAACACACCCAAUAAUCUUGCUUUCACCCUGGUGGUCUUUUCUCUGACCUCCAUCCUCUUCUGGUUGAUUCUCUGCCAGCCUGCCUUUGUGAAAUCUCGCCACUUUCUGCCACUCAUCAAACCCUCUGGCCUUCGCCCUCAUUCGCGGGACGGUUAUUUCCCUCCAUGUGCUCCCAUUACAUAA